AUGUCAACAAUAUUAUGUGUAAAACGAUGUGUCAAUGAUAAAUCAUUUUCAGCACUAUUAUUAAAUUUCAAAAGACGCAAAUUAGAAAAUCUUGUACACUCUAAUAUUGGAGAUUCAAAUGAAACUACCGACGAAAUAUCUAUAAUAUUUGAAUUCAUAGGUACUGAAGAAUAUAAAGAUGAAUCAAUUGUGUCACGAAUAACAAAAGACCAUACCAAAAUAAUUGACAAGAAGCGUUCAAAUCAAAGAAUUGAAAUCGAACAGAAUGUAAAAUAUCAGGAAAAUGAAAAUAAUUUUAAUAUUGUAAAAUGCUACCAUGUUAUUAAAGAUUUAAACAAUAAAAAUAAUGAUCAAAAAGAAAUUACAGUAAUUGAUGUGGAAAUGACGUCUAACAGUCAACUCAAUGAAAACAAAUUGGACACAUCAAGCUCUUCAACAAAUUUCAUUAAUUCAGGGAAUAAAUUACUACCUUAUGUAUAUGACUUUUAUUUAUCAAAAAAUGAUGAACAAAUGCCCUUUGAGCAUAUCGAUAAUUACAACGUAAGUAUUAAGCUAAUUGAUGAUUUAAUCUUUGAAGAUCUGUUACAAGAAAAUAAUGAAAAUCCCAACAAUUUCGAUAACAUUAACAACUGUAAUAGAAGUAAUGAAAUAAUUGAUGAACUAGUUUAUGAGAACACAUGGGGAACUCCUGAAAAACUUGAUUCAGAUGAUUCUAAUUGUGAAAAUUAUUAUAAAAAUGAUUAUCCAGAUUCUGAAGACAAUUUGUAUGGUAAUUCUUUGGAUGAUGAAGAUAUAAAAAAAUCUUUAGAAUGCUCAAAUAUUGAUAAUGAAAAUAAUUUAUCAAAUGAAGAUCUAGAUCACAAUGUAGGUGUUUUAUUGGGUUUAAAAUAG